AUGCCAGAAAUAAAUUUUGUGAAAUUGACAAACGACCCAUUGAAUAUUCAAGAAAUCAUUAACUUGGUAAAAGAUGAUGGCGCAGGUGCGAUAUCAACUUUUUCAGGAACAACACGGAACAUAUUUCAAGAAAAACAAGUCCUUCGGCUAGACUAUGUGUCAUACAUCCCGAUGGCAACAAAGGUUAUAAACGAUUUAAUUACGUCCGCACGCGCUCAAUGGUCACUCACCAAAGUGGCCAUCUAUCAUCGAAUAGGCACUGUCCCGGUCGGCGAGACUAGUGUCGUGAUUGCUGUGUCCAGUGUGCAUCGGCAUGAAUCGUUGAAAGCUGUCGAGUGGUUGAUUGAUCAGUUGAAGGAGAAGGCGCCGAUUUGGAAGAAAGAGGUGUAUGGUGGUAGCAGCGAGAAUGAGAGUGUAUGGAAAGAGAAUUAG